AAAUUUAGUAAAUUGGAUGAAUAAUUUAUAUCAAAAAAAAAAGGUUGAUAUAAUUUCUUAUGAUAACCUCGUUUCCAUUUCUCAAUUAAGACUCCAUAAAUCAUUAGUAGACAGUGAUCCUGAAAUUCUUAAAGAAAAACAACCUGGAGUCGUUAAUUUUAAAGAAAAGUUAAGCUUAAAAAAGUGGGUUGAAGAUGCUGUGAAUGAUAAUUUAAUUAUUUGGACCAGGAAUAUCAACCUUUUUCAAGGAUUAAUAAUAAAUAAAAAUGACGAAAUAGAAAUCAGUAAGAAAGUUCCCAUUAACAUCACUGAAAUUCCUGAAGUCAAUUCUAUUAAUAAAUUUUAUUUGGAAUUAAUCAAACCGUCAACAAAACUAGAAUUUACUUUGUUUUCCAACCAUAUUUUUUCAAUUGAAAAUUUAAGCACUUUCCCAUUUAUUAAGAAUGAUGAUCAAAGUUAUAAAGGUUGUAAUCAUGUUUUAGUAAAAUGUGAGAAACGUGAAAUUCUUUUAAAUGCAGGUAGUAUAAAGCCUACAGAAGAAUUUGAGCAAGCUAUAGAAGAAGCACUUAAUAAUAUGAAGCCAUUGAAAACUUUGCAAGACGUAUUUAAUGAAUACGGUCAUUUAUUUCCACAAAGAUUUGUAUUAGGAAGGUGCCUUAAAAAUAUUUUACAAGAUUUCUCUUCACCUAAUACAUUUGGCGAAGUUAAUGAUGAUAAUAAAAUACUUGAGUCGUUAGAUAAUUUAAAUAUUUCAUAUCUAUUAACUCAAAAGGGAAGGGUUGUUGAAAAAAAUAACUUACAUAAUUGGAUUCAAACCACUGAUAACAAUCUAGAAAUUGUUAAAUUUGAUAAUAUUAUUCCCCUUUAUAAGAUUCUUGGAGUUGAGCAACAAAGAAAAAUCGAUGAUAUAUUAAAAGAUAAUUAUAGAAUUGUAAUGACAGGAAUUACUGAUUUAAAGGAUUUAAAUAUUAAUAAUGAAGAUCACUACAAACGUAUUGAUUUUGAAUCGCCAUUUGAAAGUGAAAAUUAUCAA